GAAACUACACUGCAGAGCCACAGACGCCUUCAUUUUAUGUUUUUGAAUAAUAGCCGGAGCUAGUGAGGCGAAGUGUAUCUGAAAUCUGCCCGGAGCUCAACCCCACACAGCGUCAAGUGCCCUGGAAAAGAGCCGCUUUUGACCGAGUUGGAUUUCUAGGCACUCUCCGACGCUUUCAGAGAUAUGGGAUCAGAGCCACCCAGCUCUCCACAGGUGGUGGAGGAUGGAGGAGAGGAGGAUGAGGAGGAGCUGAGUGGAGGGGAGGAGGCAGACCUGCGUUCCAGCUCCGGCAGGGGCUCCCUGCUGACCCGGAGAGGCAUCACCUUGAGAGUGCUGCUCAAGGACGGCCUGGUGGAGCCGGGGGACGGUGUGCUAGCCAUCCACUACCUGGGUAAGAACUUUGUAGGAGACCUGUUGAAUGAUGGGAAAAUCAGAUGGGUGGAGACAGGCCAGAUCUUCAACUCCCCCAGCGCUUGGGCAACACACUGCAAACGUCUGGUCAACCCAGCCAAGAAGUCUGGCUGUGGCUGGGCGUCUGUACGCUACCGGGGACAGAAGCUGGUCCAGUACAAAACCACCUGGCUGCACAAAUACCAACCCAGCGCAGACAUGAGCCUGGUGAGUGAGGAGGAUGAUGACGAGGAUGAAGAGGAAGGGAAGACAGCUGUGCAGGCAGAUGAGAAGAACAAAAACAACAAACCUGGAUUACAUGACGUGGUGGUUUCACGGAGAACAGACAGAGAGAGAAUUCCUGUCAGAUAUUGCACAUUGGGCACCAGGGAUGCUACCAGAGAUCCACACACACUGGUGGAGCUGUCAGCCUUCUCAGCCAUCAACAGAUUCCAGCCUUUCAAUGUAGCCGUGUCCAGUAAUGUACUGCUGCUAAUGGACUUCCACUGUCACCUGACCACCAGUGAGGUGGUGGGAUACCUCGGAGGACGAUGGGAUACCAAUACACAACUGCUGACGGUCUUGAGGGCUUUCCCCUGUCGGACCAGGCUGGCAGACAGAGACUCUGCUUCUGCUGUGGAGGAGGAGAUCUGUCAGAACCUGUUCAUGCGCGGGCUGUCGUUGGUGGGCUGGUACCACAGUCACCCGCGAGGUCCAGCUCUGCCGUCGCUGCAGGACAUCGACUCUCAGAUGGACCAUCAGCUGAGACUGCAGGGUUCAAACAACGGCUUCCAGCCCUGUCUGGGCAUCAUCUGUGGACCAUAUUAUCACGGCAAUCAAGGUGUGGCGUCCACAAUAACCCCAUUCUGGGUCGUACCACCGCCUGAGCAACGGCCUAAUGACCACGGUAUCCCAGUGGCUGUAGAGGUCACCUAUGUACAGGACAACUUUCUCACCAGUGAUGUUCUUAACGAGAUGAUGCUGCUGGUUGACUACUACAGGGCAGCUCCCGACCUCGUCCAGUUCAGCCAGUAUUGGUGUCCUGAUACGACUAUGAUGGACAAGAUCAAGGGCUCUCUGAGUUGCCAUGCUCCCAAAGACCAGGCCUACUCUCAGAUCUUAGAGCAUGUCUACAGUCAGUUGAACAACAUGCACUGAGUGGAUCUGCUGUGCAUGCGUGCAUGUGGCCGAUCUCCAUCAUCAAGUCGUUCCAUUUCAAACCCCUUUUGUGCAGCGCUGACGUGACUGAAGUGACGGAUGUACAAUGUAGAAACCUGCUUGAAAAACAUAUAGAUGCCUUGAAUUCUCUCAUGCUUGAGUGAUACUUAAUUUUGACACAGCGUUAUUGUGAGUUAAAAAACAUUUCAGUGACUCUGAAAGUACUUAAUCUAGUCAUACUAGUAGCCCCAGGAGCUGGUAUUUACCAACGAUGAAAACAGAGAAAUGUAAAAUUCAUACACAAAACCAGACCGCACUGGAUCAGGGAGCAUGAGACCAACAAGUGUUAAAAACCGAUAUUUUACAGAAGGACACUAAAUAGAAGCAUUUCAUGGACCAGAAAUCAGCCUGCCUGACCGGCCUCCUACCUUUUACACAUGGACCUAUGUGCCUAUCUGUGCCAGUAUCCUGUGGUAUGAGCAGAUAUUGCCAGAUAUGUACAAUGUAAACUUUUAAUGUGUUGUAAUUGCCUUUAUAGACUAAACCAAUGGAGCAAAGGUGAAAAUGAGUAGUGCAAAAUAUACUACAUUAGCAAAGUAUGCAAAUGUGUCUUGGUUUGACCUCAACUGUACUCUGCAAUAGGUUUUGUUAAUGUUUGUGUUCCUCAAGUCAAAUUGGACAGUUGCAGCGUAGAGCAAGUAAUUCCAUUGUGCCAAGCAAACUUUUUUUUUAUGAACCUGUGUUUGUGUGUGUGUGUGUGUGUGUGUGUGUGUGCGCGGUGUUGUGAAUGUGCCCCUCUACUGUCUCCCUGUCAGGUUAUGUGAGACAUGAGUCCUGUUGGUUAGAACAGAUAUUUGCUUCCUCUUUACCUGUACUGUAUUUAUUACUAACUAUGGAUUGUGUGAUGUACAUGUUUGAAGACAGAGUAAUGCCUUACGCCUGCUGAUGAUCCACAAAGCAUUAAAAUAUACACACUGGAACUAUUUAAA